AGGCAAGUUCGAGAGAGCACCACCGUGUCUCCCCCCGACUCCACCCGCGAGCCCUGACCGGAGCAAACGAUGCUCCGCCGCCUUCCCUCGUCGCUCCGCCGAGCCCUCGCCUCCUCCGCCAUCCCUCCCCGCGGCGCUCGUGUCGCGAACCCUACCCUCUCGUCUCCCCACGCCCUGACUCCCCAAUGGCGCGGUUGCGCCUCCGCCUCCGCCGCCGGGUCCUCCUCGCCCUCCUCGCUCCCGCCGCCUCCCCCGUCUCCUCCUCAAGGACCUCCGCCGCACGGGAGAGGAUCCGCCGCCUCUUCACUGAACUCCGCCGAGGUGGCCAAGUUCGCCGCCAUCGCUGAGACUUGGUGGGAUUCUCAGGGUCCAUUCAAACCAUUGCAUCUGAUGAAUCCAACACGACUAUCUUUUAUCCGAUCCACACUCUGCAGACAUUUCAGGAGGGAUCCAUACUCAGCUAAGCCACUUGAAGGUCUUAAAGUUAUUGAUGUUGGAUGUGGAGGAGGUAUUCUCUCAGAGCCUCUUGCUCGGAUGGGAGCUGCAGUUACUGGAAUUGAUGCUGUCGACAAGAAUAUAAAGAUUGCACAAAUUCAUGCUGCGUCUGAUCCAACAACUGCUUCCAUUGAGUAUUGCUGCACAACAGCUGAGGACUUGGUAAAAGAGAGCAAUCAAUUUGAUGCUGUAAUUUCUCUUGAGGUGAUUGAGCACGUUGCUAAUCCUCUGGAGUUCUGCAAAUCUUUAUCGGCUUUGACAGUUCCUAAUGGUGCCACUGUGAUUUCUACAAUCAAUCGGUCAAUGAGAGCAUAUGCGACUGCUAUUGUUGCUGCUGAGUAUAUUCUUAGAUGGCUUCCUAAGGGCACACAUGAGUGGUCCAAACUAGUCACCCCUGAGGAGCUAGCCCUAGCACUGCAAAGAGCCUCAAUCUCCGUACAAGAAAUGGCAGGGUUUGUCUAUAAUCCAUUGACUGGAGGGUGGUCCCUGUCUGAUGAUAUUAGUAUAAACUACAUUGCAUAUGGCAUCAAGAAAAGUGAAACACCCUCAACAAUGCCACAGUAGCAAGAUUACAUAGCUGUGGAUGGAGAAAAUGGAUCGUCUGUGCACUAGAACAUUUUCUGGAAGCAAAACUUCGUAGCAAAUAGGGGUUGUCCACUUAUCCUCCUUUUUGUUAUCCCCAGGAACAGGAAGCUCUGAGUAGUCUUGUUUUUGUCGAGGAAUUGACGCGAGAGAACAGCUAACAAGUAGGACUAGAUUUGUUGUCUUUGAUUGUAAUAAGGCCAUGCUUUAUAUACAAGAAUGUUUGGGACAUGCUAUAAAUACGAAGUCAAUUCCCUUUGGGCUAGCAGAAGAACGGAAGGUUCAGUGAAAACUAAUCUUUUUGGCGGUGUC